AUCGAUUCGAACAGUGAACGAACAUCAAAAUUGAUAAAAAUAAUAUAUUUAUCAAGAGUUAUAGAUUUUUAAUAGGACAGUUGAUAAAAAUGUUAAGUGUCUUAGCAAAGGCCCUUCUGGUCUGGUGCGUUCUGGUGCCGAAAUCGGAACAGUUUUCAAGAAAAUCUUCAGAUAGCUAUGUGGCUGGCGUGGUGGAAUAUAAACCAAGUACAAAUAUGGACCCAUUCAAAAGAGCCGAACUUAAUUUGGCGGAAUAUUUGAAAUUUAUAGACAGUGCACAGCAACAGAAUGUGGAUAUCGUCGUGUUUCCUGAAUCUACACUAAAUAGUGUUCCACACAACAGAUCAGUUGCAGCAGAAACAACUACUGAAGUACCAGAACCCAAAGAAAACAUUAUACCUUGCAAUAGAUUAAAUCUGGACAGAAACAAUGCUUAUAAUGAGAUUUUAGUGCCUUUAUCAUGUGCAGCAAAAUCUAGCAAAUUGUACGUAGUGGUAAAUUUAUCAGAACAAGCUAAAUGCAAUGAAGAAACCCAGGCAGUUGCUAAUGACACAAGGCCAUGUGCAAAAGAUGGACUGAAUUUCUAUAAUACUGAUGUUGUUUUUGAUAGAACUGGAGCUGUUGUUGCAAGGUAUCGAAAAUACAAUCUAUUCGGAGAGCGCAAUAUGAACACCACUAAAUUGCCUGAGCAUUCGACAUUCCUGACAGACUUUGGUGUACGUUUCGGGUUGUUCACCUGUUUCGACAUAAUGUUCAACGAACCAGCUUUGGCCAUGGUUAGGGAAGGAGUCAGGGAUUUUAUCUUUCCUACCAUGUGGUUCAGCGAGUUGCCUUUCCUUACAGCUCUUCAAAUCCAAGAAUACUGGUCAUUCACUAACAACGUCAACUUGCUGGCAUCAGGUGCAAGUAACACCAUGAUUGGAAGUGGUGGUUCUGGUAUUUAUGCAGGAACCAAAGGACCUUUAGUGAAAUACAUCAGCAUCCCUGGACAAAACAAUAAUAAGUUGUUGGUUGCCACUGUUCCUAAACAUGGUAAUUCUAUCGAGAAAAUUGAGGAUGGUAAAUUUGAGGAAAAAUACGAAGAAUUUACAUAUGAGGAAGAGCCUAAUAUGGAUGCUUUCUACAUGAAGCGGGAUGAAAUUGAUAAAUUCACAUCUGAAGUGAUUGGAGAACAUUUCUCUAAAGAACUUUGCAAUGGUAACUUGUGUUGCACAUUUGAUGUCUCCACGAGAAUUUUAAAUCGGACAGCAGGAAUGGAGAGUUAUCAAUAUCGUGCAAUAGUUGGAGAUAUCCAACGUUCAUUUUCUGGAGUUGCCAAUGGAGGUAUCAAAGCUUGUGCCAUUAUUGCUUGUUCGGGAUCAGAUUUUAAACACUGUGCUAAGAGGUUUCCAUCAUCUAGAAAUGUAGAACCUCGCCAAAUAUUCCACAAGAUCUCAAUCCGUGGUGAUUUUCCAGCAAUAGACGAAGUCCUUACCAUGCCAGACACAUUGACCCACUUCAUGGCUCCUUUGAAGACCAAUUCCUUCUUGUACGAUGAAAGUUUAAAAGAGCAACAGAUGAAGACAGUAUCGAUGCAAUUAGCAAAUGAAAAUGAAAUAGAUAAUUUACAAACCUUUGCUAUUUAUGGCAGAGAUUUUAGAGGAGAUGGAAAAGUCAAAGAAGAAGAUAUGACAUACUUCCAAUACAAUGUGGUACAAAUGGAUAUAACUUUAUAAACAAAAAUUAUCCUA